AUGUCGAAGGCCGUGAAGAAGAAGUCGACAAAGACCAAGUCGAAGUCGCAGUCGUCCGUGCAGCAAACCUUCGACCAGAAGACCAUCCAGGAGUUCAAGGAGUCGUUCGCCAUCAUGGACGGCAACAAGGACGGCGUCAUUGACCGAAACGAUCUCUCCGAUCUCUAUGCCUGCCUGGGCCAGAUUCAGCCCGUUGAGAAGAUUGACAACAUGCUCAAGGAGGCCGCUGGACCCCUGAACUUCACCACCUUCUUGUCGAUGUUCGGCGAGAAGAUGCACGGCAGUGACACCUUCUCCGCACUCGUCGACGCCUUCAAGAUGUUCGACAAGACCGGGACCGGAAAGAUGAAGGAGCAAGACUUGAUGGGCCUGCUGAUGAACAAGCGCGGCAACCCGUUGAGCGACGACGAGUACCAAGCCAUGCUCAAGGGCAAGCCACCAAUUGAUAAGGGAGAGGUUGACUACGUCGCCUUCGCCAAGAUGCUCACCUCGGGAGGAGAAGAGGCC